AUGGUGGCCGGAUCGCCCCAUCCGUUUGACCCAAUCACCCCCGAGGAGAUUAAGCUCGCCGUGCGCAUCCUCGAGGCUACAUUCCCUGGCGUGCCACUGCGAUACAAGCGAAUCGACGUCAAUGAACCUAUAAAGAAAGAUGUCAUAUCAUACAUUGAGGCUGAGCGGCUGCGCCGACCGCUGCCCAGGCCGCCAGCACGUCUUCUAUACACCCUGUUUCAUCGUCUAGACAGUGGCGCAUUCUACAAGGCUAUUUUGAAUGCCGAUACGCGCACCAUUGUUUAUGCAAAGGAAUUGCCGCGCGAAGUCCAGGGCCCAAUUGACCCCGAUGAGAUUGGCGAGAUCGAAGCCAUGUGUAUGAAGCACCCUGCCGUGAUUGCCGAAAUUGAGAAGAUGCAAUUGCCUCCUGGUGUGACAGUCUGCAAUGAUCCUUGGAUGUACGGCACCGAUAACGAGAACGAAACACGGCGGCUGUUCCAGUGCUUUAUGUAUCUGAUUUCGGUGGAUCAUCCACAACACAACCACUACUCGUUACCAUGCAAAUUCUCACCUGUGUUUGAUGGUUUAACACAUGAGCUUAUUCGAAUGGAUUAUCUCCCUGGGCGCGCGGGCGCUGAGACGCAACAGACGCAGCCUUGGAAACCCGUCGAGGCAAUUCAAUAUGCCCACGAUCUUCAUGACGAGCCUGUUCGCACAGAUCUCAAGCCAUACAUCGUUCAACAGCCGGAAGGCCCGUCUUAUACCGCGGAGGGCAAUUCUGUAUACUGGCAGAAAUGGCGCUUCCGUGUUGGUUUCAAUAUUCGGGAGGGCUUGGUGCUAUAUAAUAUUACCUAUGAUAAUCGCAAUGUCUUCUACCGACUGGCCAUGUCAGAAAUGACAGUGCCGUAUGGAGAUCCCCGUGCGCCCUAUCACCGCAAGCAGGCAUUUGAUGUUGGCGACACCGGCUUCGGUAUGAAUGCCAAUCAGCUCUCACUUGGAUGUGACUGUCUUGGACAUAUUAAAUAUUUUGAUGGUUAUCGGAAUGACUGCAAAGGAAAUCCAGUGCAAAUGAAAAACGUCAUUUGUAUGCACGAGCAAGACAAUGGAUUGCAACAUAAGCAUACAAACUAUCGUUCCGGAGCAGCUACCGUCGUGCGUAACCGACAAUUGGUUCUACAGAUGAUCUGUACUGUUGCCAACUAUGAGUACAUUUUUGCGUACAUCUUCGAUCAGGCUGGAAAUGUUGAACUGGAGGUCCGGGCCACUGGAAUUCUUUCCACCGUUCCAUUUGAGAACGAAAAUGGGCAAACUGUACCAUGGGGAACUAAUGUGGGCCCUGGAGUUAUGGCACCUUUCCAUCAACACAUGUUCUCUUUCCGUAUCGACCCUGCCAUCGAUGGAUUCAAAAAUACCGUGUACUACGAAGACAGCGUGCCUAUGCCCGAAGAUGAGAAUAAUCCUUGGCAAGUUGGAUAUAUCACAGAGCCUACCGUGAUGAACACCUCGGGCUGGGCCAACACCAGUGUUGACCGCCAUCGAGUCUUCAAAAUCCGAAAUGAUAAUAUCACUAACCCAGUGACCUAUAAGCCCGUCUCAUAUAAGUUGCAAACAGCUCCAAGUCAGAUGCUGUUGGUCGGCAAGAACUCCCUAGGCUACCGCCGUGCCGAGUUUGCUACCAAGCCGAUCUGGGUCACCAAAUACCAAGAUGAUGAAUUAUAUGCAGCCGGUGAAUUCACAAACCAGAGUCGACGAGCAGAGGGCGUGGAGACUUGGGUGCAGCGUAAGGAUAACACUGAGAAUGACGAUGUCAUUCUUUGGCAUACUUUUGGUCUUACUCAUAACCCUCGCAUUGAAGACUUUCCGGUCAUGCCCAUGGAGCGUGUCAGUGUAAUGCUGAAGCCGGAUGGCUUCUUUACUAAGAAUCCGGCUUUGGAUGUCCCGCAAUCCGCACAGACCUUCAACAAAUCUACCCUACAUCCCGAGGCAGCUCAAAGCGCGUGCUGCGCUGGUUCUUCCGCAUCAAACAAGGCCAAACUCUAUAAGCGGGUUGAUUAA